AUUGAGGUCUAACUCGAUAAUUUAGUAAUAAAAAUGGGCUCAACCAUAUACACAAUAAUAUGCCUGAGCACCCUGGUGGCCGGCAUAUGUGGCACCUGUACGUACAAAGUGCGGACAGAGUUCUCCGGUGCCACUCAAGCGGAGUUUGAUAUGACGGGUGAGACCGGCGACUGGACUAUUGAUGUCGUAUUUGACGCUAAAGUCAUACUUCACGUAAUUAUGCAGGGUGGCACCGUAAAAACAUCCGGCCCCGAUGAGCUCGCAUUCACCAUAAGUGGCGACCCAUUAAAAGCCGGCGAAACACAUACCGUUGCCUACGAGGCUCGUUAUGAUGAUAAUCCCGGCGCUAAUCUAAUCAGGCACUUUAACUCGUGUUUAGGACCGGUGUCUACCGUAUGGCCCAUAACUAUCAUUCCCGAUGGAGAGAAAGGCAACUAUAACUACAGCGCCGUUAUUCACGCCUCCCUUCUCUUCUAUGAGGCCCAGAGGUCCGGCAAAUUACCCACAGAUAAGAGGGUUCACUGGAGGGGCGACUCUAUGCUCGACGACGGGAAGGACGUGGGAAAGGACCUGACGGGCGGUUACUUCGAUGCCGGAGAUUUGGUUAAGUUUGGUUUCCCGAUGGCGUACACUAUAACAAUGUUGGCCUGGGGUCUGGUAGACUACGAGGACGCCUACCAAAAGGCCGGGGAGUUAGAGAAUGUGCGCAAUGCUAUCAAAUGGGGGACAGACUACUUCAUAAAAUGCCACACAAGCGAUACUGAAUUCUACGGACAGGUAGGCAAUGGUAAUGAGGAUCACGCCGUGUGGGGUCGACCUGAGGACUGGCCUAAAACCAAAGUCAGGCCCGCGUAUAAGGUUACCGCAGCACAUGGAGGCAGCGAUUUAUUGGGCGAGACAUCGGCAGCACUGGCGGCGGCGUCCAUAGCCUUCGCGAAGUCUGAUCCGACAUAUUCAGCAACACUUCUAACUCACGCCAAGUCUUUGUAUACCUUUGCGGACAAACAUCGGUCCACUUAUACGGCAGAGAUCACAGACGCCGCAAAUUUCUACAAGUCUUGGUCCGGCUUUGGCGAUGAGUUAGCCUGGGCUGCCACGUGGCUGCUCAGGGCUACCAAUGAUACCCAGUAUAAGGCAGAAGUGGACAAACACUUCAAUGAGUUCGGCAAACAAUUGAUGGGACAGCCCACACAGUUUGGAUGGGAUGAUAAGACCGCUGGAGUACAGGUGCUGUUGGCUGAGGUGACCGGCGAUGAAAAGUAUAAGACUUUGGCAAAAACUUUCUGCGAUUGGGUCGUCAAUACGGCACCGAAAUCACCAAAGGGUAUGGUGUACCUGGAUCAAUGGGGCCCACUUAGACACGCUGCUAACGCGGCAUUUAUAUGCAUUCAGGCGGCAAAAGUGGGCGUCAAUCCGGAGGCCUACAAAAAGUUUAGCGAAAGUCAAAUCGGAUACAUAUUAGGCGAUACGGGCAGGAGUUUUGUGGUGGGC